AUGUACCAAGCAGCACAUCAUCAGUUUGUUGCUAGCUCAUUAGCUGUUAAGUACAUACAUGAGAAUGCACCACAAUGUAAAGUUGGUGCAAUGAUUGCAUAUAAGACCGUUUAUCCUUACACUUGCAAGCCUGAAGACGUGCUAGCCUCUAAAAUGGAUAAUCGCAAAGAAUACUUUUUCUCCGAUGUACAAGUAAGAGGAGAAUAUCCAAACUAUAUUUGGAAGUAUUUUGAAGAGAACAAUAUCAAGGUUAAGAUGGAAAAAGGAGACGAGGAAUUAAUUAAAAAUUAUACAGUCGACUUUAUCACAUUUAGUUAUUAUCGUUCACAUUGGGGAUGGUCGAUUGACCCUACUGGCUUAAGAUUGGCGUUGAACGACUUGUGGGACAGAUACCAAACACCGAUGUUUGUUGUUGAAAAUGGCCUAGGUGCCAAAGAUACAGUUACUUCUGACGGGCAGAUUCAUGACGCAUAUCGGAUUGACUACAUGAAAAAGCAUAUUCAGGCAAUGAAAGAUGCGAUUGCAGAUGGUGUUGAUUUACGUGGCUAUACUAUGUGGGGUCCAAUUGACAUAGUAAGUAACGGAACAGGCCAAAUGUCUAAGCGCUAUGGCAUAGUAUAUGUUGAUCGUGAUGAUCAAGGAAAGGGUACUCUUAAGCGAAUGAAGAAGGAUAGUUUUUACUGGUAUAGUAAAGUAAUUAGUACUAACG